AUGAAUGAUGAAGAAUUUGAUGGAAGAUUAAGAGAUGUAGACAAGCAUUUACGCUUUAAAUUUUUAAAAUUUAAAUGCAAAUUUAUGUUCAAAAUAUUAUUGAAUGAAUUAAAUGCUCUUAACAGUGAAUUACAAAAAGAACUAAGAAAUAUUAAACAACAGAUAGAAAACAUAGAUGAUAGCGAAAUCAAAACCUAUAUUCAACAACAAAUACAAAAUAUUGAUGAUAACCUAGUUUUGAAACAGGAUAAAAAUAUAGUCGCAUUAGAAAAAAAGUUUCUCAAGAAAGAAUCAUAUUAUUUUAAACUUCCGUUUGGAGUAAUGGGAAUUCAUAAUGAUCCUUCUAUUAAUGAUAAUAUUGAUAAAUCAAAAGACUAUGAAUUUAAAAAAUAUGGAUUUACAGCAAAUAUUAGAGUAUAUUCUGUUCCAAAUUAUAUUAUUUACCCCAAUAAUAUUUUUGAUUCAGAUGAGGAUGAUUAUCAAUUAAUAUUUUUUGAUUUCCGAGGAAAACUUAUAAUUGAAAUUAAUUUCCCUUUUCAGGUAAAAGUUGAUUCAAUAUUCUUCAGACAAAACUCACGUAUGUCUAAGAAAUUUAACGCACGUAAAGUUCUUCAGUUUAUCAAUGGUACAAAAAAUGUAGAAACUAAAGAAUUAGAAAUUAACGAUGAAAACAACAAGCCUCGUCACUUAUAUGAAAUUAAAACAAGUGGAAAAUAUAUAGAUAGGUUUAGUAUGUUAAUCAUACCAGAUAAUGAAGAAGAUCAACUUUCAUUGAGUAAUUUUGAUAUGUUAUUGGAAACGGAAACUCCACCACUAAGUAUUGUUAGAAAUCCAAACCACAAAAAGAAAUAA